ACUUAAAACAAUGACCAAUAUUAAUAAGGAUUUGAUGCCUGAGAUGGGAAAAUAUGUUUUUCUGCAAGUUAAAUAUGUCAUUAAUGUUGUGGGGUGUUCAGAAAUGUAAUACAUUUUGAUAAAAAAAAAAAAAAAAAAAAAAAAAAUCUAAAAAUGUGUAAAUCCAAAUCGUACCGGUUUCGUGGAAUGACGCAUAAAAUGUAUGUGAUUGUAUAAAAAAAGACUAUAUUUUGGGGAAAAAGUAAUGAAAUUACUGAUUGUCUGAGCUAAGGCUACUAUUUACAGCGAUCUGCGAAAUGUUGAUGUAGUAGACGAAUCUGACCACUAGGGGGUGCCACUGGAAUUAUUUCACAAAUUAACGUUUGAGUACAACUUAACAGGCAUGUGGGAAAGUUAUAAGAGGAGGUUUGCUGUCCUCAUCGGAGCGGAAGAGACAAGACCGAGACAUGACUCAGGGAAAAAACAUUCCUGGAAGAACUGUGAAACCUUUGUACCUGAAGCUACAAUAUAUUUUAUAUACAAUAUAUUUAUGAUAAUCAAUGUGCUUCUCACAGACUCCUUAAGCUAGACAAACACUGCCACAUGCACAUUCUAAGACUUUUUCAGGGAGUAAGGUAGUGAUAAACACUAAAAAAGAGUGACAUUGUCCAAAGACAUGUCAAAGGUCAGCUGCACACCUGGGUGAGAGAGAUCCCUGAAGAAGACCAUAAAGUUUGGGAUUGCAUGCAUUUAUUAUUACUUAAAGAAUCUUUUUAUGUUAAAGCUGUCAUCAUGAAGAAGGUUCUUUGGCUAUGUAGUCAUCAGCAGCAUAAUAUAUCUCCAUGUGAGGUCGUGAAAAUAGGAAUGACUUUAUUUGAGAAACAAUAGUAUAUGGGGACUACAUUUCCCAGAAUGCACUUGAGGACUCCGUCACCCUCUUCAUCAAAUCCGCAAUCUCAUUGACUCACUGUCCGUGUCGAGGACAACAACUCACUACCUCUGUCUCUAUCUCCCGUGAUUCUGCACAGCUGAAUCUCUUCUGAAUCAUUCAACUACAAAGAACAAUUUCAGCACCAUGACCAGAGAUCAAUUCCUCCUAUUUAUGACAUGAAUUGAACUUUUUGCUGCUACACUUAUAGAUUAGGCAGCAUAUGAUGCUUGCAUAUGAUAUGACCACUUUCCAAUUUAUUAUGAUGAGGAAUAAGUAGAAAAAAUAGCAGUUGGACAGGUAUACAGAGGAACCAUGCUUGGAAGUGUAGUCAGUGUACCUAUUUAUUGUGUCUGUGUAGUCUAACUGCUGUAAACUUUAUUUUUUUUUUAUUUAUAAUUAAAUUAUAGUUCUAUUUGCAUUGACUCCAAGCAGCCAAAAUGAUUUCGUCGUAUAACAAUGAGACCAGAAGUGAUAUAUCAGAGUCUCUGGAAGUCUGUGAGUUUGAGGGACAGUACGGAGAUCCGGGUGGUUACUACAAAUCCAAAAGCUUGCCUGUUCUUAAUGGCAGCUGUCCGAAUGUUAAUGAGACGUUUGAACCGAGGCUGGUCAGCACGACGCAGACUUUAGUAAAUACUGACCAGUGCUUGGUGUUCAACGAGCUGCGACAGAAAGGAGACUCGAGUGAACUGGAUUCACCCACCAGGACUGAUUUCUCCCCUUCAAUGUCCAGUAUGGUGGGUCUUAGUAGCUCAAUGAAAACUGAGACCAACCGAGCCGGUGGCAAAAAAAUAGGCUUUUCAUUGGCAAGAUUCAUCCGCUUUCCUGUGAGGAAGUACAUGAGGGUGAUUCUGUCAGACUCUAGGUGUUUUCUGUUCUGUAUGUGUUACCUGACGUUCAUCCAGUCCUUGAUGGUCUCGGGCUACCUUAGUAGUGUCAUCACCACUAUAGAGAAGAGAUACAGCCUUAGAAGCUCUGAAUCUGGACUGCUGGUUAGCUGCUUUGACAUUGGAAGUCUGUUGGUGGUGGUCUUCAUCAGUUAUUUCGGGGGUCGAGGUCAGAGGCCACGCUGGUUGGCGGUAGGUGGGGUGUUUAUCGCUGUGGGAGCAGCUCUCUUCUCCCUUCCACAUUUUAUCUCUCCACCCUAUCAAAUCCAAGAGGUCAACUCCUCCACGGGGAACAAGGGCCUGUGCUUGAAUGGGAACGGGAGCAGAAGGGACGCUCUGGACGUGUCGUCCUGUCCGCGAGACCAAGAGGGCAACGAUCACUCCGUAUAUGUUGCUCUUUUCAUCUGCGCCCAGGUCCUGGUGGGCAUGGGAUCCACUCCCAUCUACACGCUGGGACCGACGUACCUGGAUGAUAACGUGAAGAAGGAGAACGCUUCCCUCUACCUUGCUAUUAUGUAUGUGAUGGGUGCUCUGGGGCCAGCUGCGGGGUACCUCCUGGGAGGCGUUCUGAUUGGUUUCUAUGUGGAUCCCAAAACAAUUGCCAACAUUGAGCAAAGUGAUCCACGCUUUGUUGGCAACUGGUGGAGUGGUUUCCUGCUUUGUGCUUUCGCCAUGCUGUUGGUCAUUUUCCCCAUGUUCGCUUUUCCCAAAAAACUGCCCCCUCGUCACAAGAAGAAGAAGAAAAAGAACGGGACGGACAGCACUGCUAAUGACGACGAUGUCCUGAAAGAGAAAUCCAACAGCAAAGGCCAGACCGUAGCAUCCUCCAUGGGCUUUGGGAAGGACAUCAAAGACCUCCCCAAGGCUGCCAUAAGGAUCCUCAGCAACAUGACGUUUCUGUUUGUGAGUCUGUCCUACACGGCUGAGAGUGCCAUUGUCACUGCCUUCAUCACCUUCAUCCCCAAGUUCAUCGAGUCGCAGUUUGGAAUCCCCGCCUCCAACGCCAGCAUAUACACAGGGGUGAUUAUCGUGCCCAGUGCAGGCGUGGGCAUCGUACUGGGUGGCUACAUCAUAAAGAAACUUAAGCUUGGAGCUCGUGAGUCCGCCAAGCUGGCCAUGAUCUGCAGUGGGGUGUCUCUUCUGUGCUUCUCCACCCUCUUCAUCGUGGGCUGUGAGAGCAUAAACCUGGGUGGCAUCAAUAUCCCUUAUACCACAGGGCCGACACUGACUCUGACCCACAGAAACCUGACUGGAGGCUGUAAUGUGAAUUGUGGCUGUCGGAUCAACGAGUAUGCUCCUGUGUGUGGCUCAGAUGGCAUCACAUAUUUCAACCCCUGCCUGGCGGGAUGCAGUACAGUUGGCAAUGACAGCACUGGGAUCAGAAACUACACAGACUGUGCAUGCGUGCAGAGCAGACAGGUCAUCACCCCACCCACCAGCGGCCAAGGCAACCAGCUGCAGCUGGUCAUAGUGAAGACCUACCUGAACGAGAACGGAUUCGCUGUGUCAGGGAAGUGUGAUCGCACCUGCAACACGCUCAUCCCCUUCCUCAUCUUCCUCUUCAUCGUUACACUCAUCACAGCUUGUGCACAGCCCUCCGCCAUUAUUGUCACUCUCAGGUCAGUAGAAGAGCAAGAAAGACCGUUUGCUUUAGGAAUGCAGUUUGUGCUGCUAAGAACUCUGGCCUACAUUCCCACGCCCAUCUACUUUGGGGCGGUGAUUGACACCACCUGUAUGCUGUGGCAGCAGGACUGCGGCGUUCACGGCUCUUGUUGGGAGUAUGACGUCACUUCCUUCCGUUUCGUCUACUUCGGCCUGGCUGCCAGCCUCAAGUUUGUGGGCUUUGUGUUCAUCUUCCUCACCUGGUACUCCAUUAAAUACAAAGAGGAUCAGCUGAAGCGCUGGCAGCAGCAUCUGCCGCCUCUGGGCACCGUCAGCGAGCUCAUCUGUCACGUGGGAGGCCACAAGAGCCACGCUCGCACCCGCUCCUGCCCUGUUUUCACACCCCGUCCCGAGCCCCCUGAGCAGCCCGCUCUUAAUCGCGGACACUGCAGCCAGAGCUGCCCUGGAAACACCCUCAAAGCAAUAACCCCGCCUGCCCGCUCAAUGCAGGAAAUGAAUCGCAUUUGAAGACGCGUCCCCCGACAUCUGCCUCCAUGUGCCUUCCUGUCAGGUGUCCUCCUCCAAGACAAGACAGGGCCAACGUACGCCUGUUUUUCCUCCCGCGCGACUUUCAGGGGCUUGCUGCGCUCGCUGAUCUCAAUGUCACCAGUACAAUCUCACAGCAAAUACACGUCACGUAAAAAAUCAUGCCGUAUUUGCUGUAGAAGCGUAUGGAAGACAUCUCAUGGUGCUAAAUGGGGAAGAGGGAGGACAUUUCUCUGUCUCCAAUUUUGGAUGACAAGAUGAUUAUAUCAAAGACGUACCACAAGCACAAAUAGAAAUCAGUUCUAUGCAACACCGUACUGCAUUACAGCCUCCAGGCAGUUUAUUCUCAUCAUUCGCAACAGUAUUCCCAACAGCAGAGCAUCUUACAUGGUCUUUCUGAACAAAUCUUUGACAAAUUCACAUCGCAGUGGUAUAAUUAACGCCCUUCUGGCUAGUUCUGAAUGGGUUGGUUAUCGUCAGUGUGAUUUGAGUGGUAUUCAAGGAGCUGUACAGGAACAUUUAGCCUCCUCCAGACAGAUCACACAGUGCCUCACAUUGCCCCAUCAGCAGUGAGGUCUGCUGGGUAACAGGCUGAGCACUGAGUGGACUGCUAAAAUGCAUUUUGAGAAGGACUUCGAAGCCUCGUCUUCUCAUUCUUCAUCUUCAUAAUCAUUCUGUCCGUUCAGUGAUUGACUCUCAAUGGCGAUAUGUGUUUUGACGCAUACUGUGGGAUCAGAUGUUAGCAUGAUUUAGCAGACAUGUUGUUCAGUGGUCCAAUAUCAGGUCUCAAAAGUUCAGACCAAUUUGAUGGAUUUUUUUUGGUGAAUCCGUAUUUAAAUUUUGUUUUUUGUAGUGUGAACAGCAAAAAACACAUGAAAUCUGAUGUUUACAAACCCGAUCUUCACAUCUGAUUUGAAAUCUGAUUCAAAACAGAUUUUUUUUCUCAGUAUGAACGAUUAGAUCAGACUCGGAAUGAUAAAUCGAAUGUCCCUUAUAUACACUCCUAAAAAUAAAGGUGUAUAUAAGGUUCUUCUAUGGUAUCACUGCAAAAGCCCCCAUUUUGGAACCUUAAUUUUUAAGAGUGUGUAGCAAACAGUGACAUUCAUUAUUAUGUAGUGAAUUGGUGAACAAGUCAGUGGUUUUCGACAGUAUGAUUUCCUAAAAACUCAAGCGUAAAUGUCAUGAGACAGUUUAUUUAGUUCUCUCUUUCCACUCUCAAGGCCUAUUCACACCAAGAACGAUAGCUAUAAAUCUCUGCAGCUUCAAAUAGUCAAGCUCAAAGUCGGGUGGAUUCUGAUUGGCUGUCAAUAUUUUUAUGGUUCAGAUGGGGGGAAAAAAAGCAUUCUGAAAGUGAUAUUGUUUCUCUGUGUCAUUAUCAUUGUGGCGUGGCAUUAGAAUGCUUAUUAAAACUCUAUAGUAUUAAAACUAAAGUUAAGGUCAUUGGUGUGAACGGCCCUUUGCACUCAGUAUGAGAGUUUCUUGGCAUCAUGUUGACCUCAUCGUUACUAAAGCAACCAAUGUUGCAACCAAACAUUGACUACACGUCAAAAGUGUCAUUCCUAAAGGUCGGAUUUGAAAACCAAAUCGGAUGUAUGUGCAGUGUGAACAAAGCGAGUCAAUCUCCGAUUUAAAUGAGGAAGACUCAGUUGACCGCUCAUGCCGCUGCUGCGUCCAUGUACCUAAGCAUGUCUGAGCAGUUUUAGCGAUAGCAUUCGUAAAGCCAUAGCAGAAUCAGAAUGGAUUCUCAGCUUUGGUUUGGGAGCUGCUGACUUAUAUGAGCAUGUGCUCCAGCUAAAGCGUGAUCCUCAAGCAUUGGCUCUAUUCUUAUGCACCAACUAUGUAUAAUUCAACUUCUGCCUAAAAAUAUGCAAACCUCAGAUUUUCAGUACUCUGUGAUGGGUUUAUAAUGCCAAUUUGGCAGUUCAUUAGAAAUAGUAGAUCAAUACAGUACAGAAGUCAUGAAUUAUUUAGCCAUGUGCAAUGAUUUACAUUGGUAUUAUUUGGUUCAGUUUUGAUUUAUGAGGGACUAACAUGGUAGUUAGAUACUUAAUGCAUAGCAUGCAAACUACAAUAACCCAGCUUUUAAGCCGGGUUCACACUGUGCGAUUUUGGCCACAAGACAAAGAGUCUUUGAUCGCUAGUUUGACAUGUUCACCAACAGCCGAUUAAUGACCAUUGCGAUCAAAUUUUACCUCAGACGAAAGGCUGGCAGUGUCAGAAGUUUUGACUCAGUCCUGUAGUGUGACUUCUAUAACAACUGUCAAAUCAAAAACCGAUAGAGCCGAACAUAGAUUUACACAUAGAUGCCUCAUUAGCGGCUGUUUCAAUGGGCCACGAUAUGUAAGCCGUCCGCCAUAUUGGAAUGGUCAAAGCCAGUCUGUGAACAUUCAAGAGUAAGUUGAAUGAGUGUCUGCAACCGUAGUUAGGCACAUGUAUGAACAUCUGUAUCUGCAAUAGGCUUCAGCAGUUGAUUUUGCUAAACUAACACAAGACUAAGGUACUAGGUAACACGACAUUAAAAAGUUACCAUAGUAAAAGCCUGUAAUAUUGAGUUGAUACAUAAAAACACUAACACAUUCUCUAAAUGUAGUGUUUAACGGCCUAAAGUGGAGUUAAAUGCAGCUGAGAUCAUACAGUGUGACAAGCAGCAGUUGUAAAGGGCUAUUAUAAAUCGUACAGUGUGAAUUCUGCUUUAAUCGAUGAAAAAAAUGGAAACUGCUGUAUUACAUCCUUUUACAUAUCUCCAUUUUUAAAAUUGUUUUGUAAGCUGUACUGUAUUAUGGUCACAAUCUCAGAACCACAUUACAAAUACUUUUCCAGACCUCUAGAAUUUGUUUGUCAAAGUGUUUUUCGUAAAAGAUUGUAUUGAAGUAGUAUUUCAGAUGCUGCCUUCAGUAUUAGAAUGUGACAUUUAAAACUAAGAUGGUUAAAUCACGCCCUGCUGUUGUUUGAAUUUGAAAUGGCUUUCUUUUUUUAUGUUAGUGAAAUAUAAGGUGUACAGUGGUGAGAGAAAGUCUGUGAGCUCUUUAAAAUAAUCUGGAGCUCUCCAUUAGUUUGACCUACAUGUGAGCUGCUCAAAAUCAAUAAACAUGAAAUAAGUAAUUCUACAAAUAAACUGACUGCAACCUU